UUCACACAGUCCACUGGCUCUGAAAAACACAAGAAUUAGAAACAUAUGAUAACGCCAGUGAGCAUCAGAAGCCAUGGUUUGAAAGUUACAACCUCAUUACCCUCAGAUAGAGGCUAUAUAACCUUAAACCCACAAACAGAAGGUUAGGGGGGGAUGAAAUGUUCUGCUUUCUCAUGUGCACUGAAGCGUGCUUUUCAAGGUAAAUAUUCUUUCCCCAACAUGAAAUAGGUCUUUUUUGUUUGCCGAGAGGUAAAGAGGCGGAAAAGUGAGGAGGAUCUGAACUGGUUUCCAUGUCAAACACUUCAAUUCACCAUAGAAACUCAGAUCUUAACGCGGAAACUUUAUUAAACUGUGAUGGUGGAUUGAUAAGGGCCCAAUUUCUAUCGGCCCCUUUUUUAUUGUGGGCACCAGGCGAGCUGACAGAGGUAAAUUGCUCUUUUAAUUAAAGCAAUGCACUAGGGGAAAUUGCUGUCUGAAUAUUGUCUCAGAGAUGGGGGCCAGUGACAGUUGCCUGGAAACUUCAAUCUGUCCACCCGCAUUUAUUCCAGAUCACAGUUAUGAGAUAAAGUUUAAUAAAAAUCUUUUCCUCCGCCACCAACGAAAUGAAAUCCAACCCAUUCUGAACAAGCGAACACAAUGAGACAGGACUGCGGAGGAAACCUCAUGUUCAACAUGUAUCUCUCAGAUCCGACAGAAAAUCUGUCGAAGGAAAGCAAAGGGACAUCUUGGGGUCCAAUAAACACAGGAGUGCAAAAAGGCAGCGGGCAGAUCCAGCUGUGGCAGUUCCUGCUGGAGCUGCUCUCUGACAGCACCAACAUAUCGUGCAUCGCCUGGGAGGGCACCAACGGCGAGUUCAAGCUCAUCGAUCCGGACGAGGUGGCUCGGCGCUGGGGGGAGCGCAAAAGCAAACCCAACAUGAACUACGACAAGCUGAGCCGGGCUCUGCGCUACUACUAUGACAAAAACAUCAUGACCAAAGUCCACGGCAAGCGCUAUGCCUACAAGUUUGAUUUCCACGGCUUGGCGCAGGUGUGCCAGCCGUCCACCACGGAGCAGGCCAUCUACAAGUUUCAGGGGAACUUCUCCCCGAUUCCAUUCACCGGGAUUUCCAAACUGAACCUUGUGGCUCCCGGCGUGGGGCCGUCGGGUUUCUCCUACUGGCCCGGUUCCCCUCCGGCGGCUCUGUAUCACAGCCACAGCCUGCAGCCGCCGGGGCCCUUCGGCACCGUGUCUCCGUCCCACAUCAGCUGCGUCAACAACAUCAACAGCCUGACCAACAUCAACAAUCAUUACAACUGACUCUUAAUGCAUCUUUUAGGCCAACUGGAGAUAUAUAGGCUAGACACCGCAGGUAAUACAGCAACGAACGAAGAGAGG